GGGGUGGUGGUGCCUCCCCCGUGACGUCACGGCUCCCAGUUUUCCGUCGGCGGGCUGCUGGUGCGCUUGGGGUUUGCACUCCGCCGCGGCGUUUGCGCUUGCGGGGGCGUGCGGGGGCCUCGCAAAGUACCCGUCCGUAAAGGCAAAGGCUCGGUAGGGAAGGUGACAGCCCGUCAGGAUGAAGUUCCAGUACAAGGAGGACCAUCCGUUCGAGUACAGGAAAAAAGAAGGGGAAAAAAUCAGGAAGAAAUAUCCCGACAGAGUCCCUGUAAUUGUGGAAAAAGCACCAAAAGCCAGAGUACCGGACCUUGACAAAAGGAAGUAUCUUGUGCCUUCUGACCUCACAGUUGGACAAUUCUACUUCUUAAUCCGAAAGCGGAUCCACCUGAGGCCAGAAGAUGCCCUGUUCUUCUUUGUCAAUAAUACCAUCCCUCCCACCAGUGCUACCAUGGGCCAGCUGUAUGAGGAUAACCACGAGGAGGACUACUUUCUCUAUGUGGCCUACAGUGAUGAGAGCGUCUAUGGCAAGUGAGCACCAGCCCCUCAGGCACACAGGCAAGAUGGACUGAUUGGAAUGGAUUUGGGGGGAAGAUGUUGGAGAGGAGGAAGGAGGAUGCCUGAGAAGAGGGGAAGAGAACUGGAAGUGAACCACAUGCACAAUGCCAUCACCUUCCAUGCAUUAAUUAUUACCAUUAUUUUUUAAAUUGAGGGGAGGGAGGGUAGGGGGACAGGGUAUGAAAGGGUGAACUGAAAGGCUAACGAGGGUUUCUGCACUGAGAGAUGGGGAGGCUGUUCAUAGUUCUUCUCUUGACACAGCUGGAAGUAGUUAGCCAGUACUGGAGGCUGCUAGACAAGCCAGUGUGGUGGAGCUCCAGGAGACUAACUGGAAAGGAUGGCCAUUUUUGUGUAACCCUUUCAUUAGAUGAAGAAGGCAUGCCCUGUAUUGUACACUGACCUUGUCACUCAUUGCCUGUGGCAUGGGCUGCACUCCUGUGAGCAUUCAGUGAGCUGUGAAAUACUUCACUGUGGUUGUCACACAAGGCUGUCCUUGUGCUGACAGACCUCACUCCCAACUGCUACCCGUCACUUCCAUCAGUACCAGAAGGGCUAACUCUGGGGGCUGGGAACUCCUCAGCUGUGAGAUGUGAACAUUGGGGAAAAGAAAGAAGGAUUUGGGUGGUUUUUUCCCUUGUUGGUUUAUUUGCAAGUGCUGGACAGAAAAAGCUGAGACGACUCUUUUAUUCUUUUCAGUGAAGUCAACUGAUAAACAUGUAAGCACAGGACUAGAAAGGACCUCAAGAGAAUGAGUAGCCCACUCCAGCUAGCUACAGUACUGAGUAUAUCAAACACAUCCGCCAUGGCUGUUCAUCAAACUUGUUCUUAGUGAGCUUCACUGAGGCAGAUCCUGGAGGCUGCUGAGAUUGCCUGUUCAGUUCCUAGCUAGCCUACAAGUGAGAGAGCUUUUCGUGCUGCUAAAUAACCUUAGUCUCCCUUGCUGUGCAUUAAGGCAACUAAGUACUAAUGGUCUUGUUAUUGGUGAACACAGAAAAUUAUCUAUUAGUGUUGUCCUUGUACCAGUCUUCUGCAGAUUUGAAGAUGGCAUAAGUCCUGUGGGUUUAGCCUUCCCUUCCAUGUCUCAUUCCUGUACAGCCCUUGCACCACAUACACGACAGGAAGAACUCACUCCCACGUGUGUCUGCUGGCUUUUUGUCAUUGAACAAGAGUGCCACUCUUGGCGACAAGAGAGGUGCUUUUAGAUUUGAAGGGGAAGGGGAAUAGAUUCUUUGUAGAUUUUUUUUAAAUCAUUUUAUUUUAAGCUAGUAUUGUUCUUAGAAAGGUGCCAGAUAAAUGCUGUCCUGCACAAGCCUUACGCUGUCAUGCCAAAGCACUUUCUUCCCAGUGGCCCAAACAGCAGAUUUUCCCAUAACUGCCAUAACUCUGAUGAAGGGAUGGAGUUUGGGAAGUAAGCUGUCUUUCAGGACAAUUCUGAGGUUUUAUCUAAAAAUCAGAGAACUGGACCUGAAUUACUGUUAAACAUUCCAACAUUUAAGAGAGGGACCAAAAGGGAGGAAAAAAUGAGAAAGAUGAAGGAGACAGGCAAUUUAUUCCAAAAUAAAUUUAAGAUAUUUGCUCUAUUUACCUGAAGUUAGAUUCCAGUUCUCUGUGUUCCUCAGGAAUGAGAAAUCAUGAUGAAUGGUCCUCUGAUUGUGGAAGGCGGGUUUCAGCCUUCUCUGACUAUUGUUCCACAGAGGUACAUGAGGCAGAAAAGCAGGCUGGGAGCGUGAAAUGGUAGUCACUGGCAGAACCGUGUAAAGGUCGGGGAAGGCAGUGUAGUGGGGUAGGCAGGUCACUGUCCAUAUGGUAUGGGAUGUAGCAGAAGAAUGGGAGAGAAGGGAAGAACUAUAAGGGAUGUAGACAGAGUAGUUGUAACAGGCAGAUAGAAAAUGGGGGAACAGAGGAUGGAAUGAGUGGGUUAGUAUCCACAGUUUUUCAUCCUGAACUUCAGAUUUUCUGUUCCAUCAUAUGUUCACCUGAAAUAAAUGCGUUUGGAUGAGUUAUACCUACUGCCAGCUCAGAUAACUUCAGCUUCUGCCUGCAGUGCUCAGUCCUCUCUUUUGGCCCCCCUCUCCUCCCAAUUACCAGUCUCUUUUCACGUCCUUUUGGUGCAAAUACGCAUCAGUCUCUUGUUUUAGGAAACCCUGAAUGUUCUGAAGCAGAGAACAGACCCAGAAGGCUUUCUAGGGCAAAAGAUAGGAUGCUGGCAGAUGGUGUACAUCCCUGUGCCACUGUCCUACUUGCAUAUGUGCUUGCUGCCAAGCACGUGGUCAUGUGUUGUCUCAAAUGAGCCCAUGCUUAGGCAUGCUCAGGGGAGAAGAGUUGGCAUCUGGAGUGCUUAGCUUUGUGUUCAGACCUCCCCUCCCCUUUUGCUGCUGCAUUUAUAAGUGACACAUGUGGGACUAAUCUCGGCCAUUUGUUACAUGUAGAGUUUACAGUUUAAUUUAGUUAUUUUAAAGUUCCUUUGUGGCAUUUAUUUUUGGUUUUGCGCUAGUCUGGUAUUGUACAAGGUAAUGAUGGUAAUUCUUUUUUUUCUUUUUUUUGUGUUGGUUAGCUGCAGGUUCUUGUAAAAUAAACUUCAUACUACUUGGGCUAAAUCAACCAAUCAAUAAAGACGCAUUUGAAAAUCACA